GACUCAGGCAAAAAGAAGAGAAAAAUGACUGCAAUGAAUGUCCCUGGAUUUCAAGAUCAGUUUUGGAGCAAUGGUCCAUCGCCAGGCGCAUUUUAUAACUUACCAGGCAAUCCAAGUAAUUCUAAAACAGCUGAACAAUUUUCACCGGCUAAAAGAACUUUGUACCCCACUACAACUGGUACAUCUGUACUUGGUGUGAAGUUUGAUGGUGGAAUUCUUAUGGCAGCAGACACCUUAGGGUCUUACGGAUCUCUUGCAAGAUUCCGAGAGGUCUCAAGACUCACUGCUGUUGGCAAUAACACGGUUGUUGGUGGUUCUGGGGAUUAUGCUGAUUUUCAGCAUCUGAAAUCACUUUUGGAUCAGAAAGUUAUUGAUGAUGCCUGUUUAAAUGAUGGCCAUGGUUACACUCCAAAGUCCAUAUAUUCCUGGUUAACAAGAAUAAUGUAUUACAGGCGCACGCGUUUUGAUCCUCUGUGGAAUCAGAUUGUUGUUGGUGGUGUUCACAAUGGAGAGAGUUUCCUGGGAUGUGUUGACAAGAUUGGCAUAGCUUUUGAAGCACCCACAAUAGCCACUGGGUUUGGUGCAUAUCUCGCUCAGCCAAUUCUUCGUGGUGCAUUUGAAAAGAAUCCCAGUAUGUCUCUAGAAGAGGCAAGGCAAGUGAUCACUAAAUGUCUGCAAGUGUUGUUUUACAGAGAUGCCAGGUCAUUAAACAAGUAUGAAAUUGCAGUCAUUACAAGUGAUGGUGUUGUGAUUGAACCUGCAACCAGUGCGCAAACCAAUUGGGAAAUUGCUCCAAUGGUCAAGGGCUAUGAGUAAUUCCUGGAGUAUGUGUUUUUUUUCCUUUGCUGUCUAGUUCGUUGUAUAUCAUUGUUUGUAUUCCUGUGUACUUGUAAAGAAAACUGAUAAUAAAAUAUCAAAGUCUUUCAGUAUUGGC